AUGUCGGGAUCAGAGACUCUUGAAGCAACCCGACGAAAAAGGCCUAGAGCGGCACGAGCAUGUGUCUUUUGCAGGGAGAAGAAAUAUCGAUGUGAUGAGCUGGAGCCAUGCGGCAAAUGCAAGAAGUCAAAUAAGCCCUGCGUCUAUGAGAACGCGGCCUCCUUGCGUGAGCGGAUCAACUCGGUAUCCCAAAGUCGGCUUGCGGCGCCCAAGCAAAGUACAGGUCGCCUGGGCCGAUUUGCGAAAGAUGGCCGUGUAACCGUCCGAGUCGACCCCUGUCCAAAUCCCUGCAACGAUGACAACGACGGUCCCUCCAGCAAUCAAGUGGGUGAGUUGAGUGAAAUCAACCCUCACACCCUGAACAGGGAGUUCCAUGGACCAACAUCGUCCCUCGCAUUCUUGGCGGCGCUACAACGGCGUGUGCCAGAUGAGUUCGACGGUCUAACAGACGGUAGGCAGCAGUCACUGGUGUCCGCAUUUCACAACGACAGUUUCCUUCCUCAGACAAUUGCAGAUGCUGGGAACCAAUCCCUUCGUCAGCACAGAUACUAUUUUCGACAGUCUCAAUUCUUCCUUGAUGCAUACUUUCAAAACCUCCAUUACAUUCAUCCGAUCAUUGAUCGCGCAGAGUUCCUCUCACGAUGCGAGGAUCUGUGGUUUGAACGAUCAGCAAAGCAACCCCAAAGUUUUGUGGCACUGUAUUUCGCGGUAAUGGCACUGGGCGCCUUGACACGGGAGUGGGAUGCAGCCUUGCUGGAUGGACUGGGUCGAUUCGGAUGGUCCAGGAAAAUGUUUGAGCAAGCCUCGCUUACUAUGGGAGGUUCUCCAUUUCAGACCGACAUAGAGACUGUCCAGGCGAGCAUUAUCAUGGCAAAGGUUUGCCAGAACGAGUUGAAUCCCCACUUGGCUUACAUGUAUCUUGGUAUCGCUGUGCGGACAAGCCUGUCAGCCGGACAUAACCGACAGUCUCAGGCUGUCCAUGACUCAGUAUCAUCACCACCCACAGAAGGUUUGUCGAUCUCUAAGACUUGGUGGGGACUCUAUUCCCUAGAAGUCGAGAUGAGCUUCGCUCUCGGUCGACCAGAUUCAUUGGGGCCAGAUCUGUAUCACAACCGAGCCAUGCCACCCAUCGACGACACCGGAACAGGAAUCAUAACGCCUAUGGUGGAGUUCGCCAGGAUUGUCAGGGAGGUCUCCAGCUUCGUCUUUCUUCCAGCAAGACCCAUAUCGCAGAGGAUCAAGCAUGCUGAUGAAAUCGAGGGGGGGAUGGAGCAAUGGGUAAAUUCGUUGCCCGACUUGAUACGUCCUCAACUUCAUGAUCUGUCGGACUCAUUGGGCACAAUGACUGACGCCAACUGGGCCAAGAAGCAAAGACACACACUGCAGUUUCGCUAUUUCAACGUCAAGAUGGUGCUCUUCAGGCCGUUCCUCUUGUACGCCGCGCGUACUCAGCGCUCAAGCACAGAAUGGGCAGCCGAACUAGACCAGCCCGUUUCCAAAUGUGUGUCGGCCGCCAGGAGCACCAUCAGGUUCAUGCAUCACAUGUACUGUUCCGCCACUUACUUUCGUACAUGGUGGUAUAACCUAAAUUACACACUCUACGCAGCGACCAUUAUCGUUGGCUAUUUGAACAAAUUGGCUAGUGAGACCGAAAGAAGCGAAUUACUGGGACUGAUCAGCAUGAGUAUUGAGAUACUCAAUGCCAUGGACGAACAUGUUGUUGCCAAGAAGGCUUCCGCAAUCUUGCAACAGGCUUCCGCUCAUAUGCAGCGCCGGGAGGAGGAUGCCGAUCAGGAGCCACCUCAACAACUAGGAAACGGCGAGCAUGGCAGCCGGAUCUUGAACGGCCGGAGCGCGAACGCUGCAACCGAGGCAAGUGAGUCUCCUGCUCCUGAUUUGUUCUUGGACUCUUUCGGCGAUGUCAACCUCGACUUUAUGUCGCAGCUCUUCCCAUGGGAUGAAAGCACUUCCUCAUUCUGGGACAUCUAA